CCAGCUAGAUCUUAUCCGUUUCCUUUUUCUAGUACUGAAAAAUAUACAUCCUCUCUUAUGCUAACCCUAAGGCCAGAGCAUUUGCAGAUGAUUUUGAAAAGAAAGAAGUGAAAUGAAAGCAUAUAUAAUCUAAGAUCCUUUCUCUCUCAGAAUACUGCUUAAACGCAUACCCCCUUUUCUUUUUUCCGAAAAUCAGAAACACCAGGUUUUUGAAGCAACAUUCGUGAAAAUGGAAAACGGGGUAGCAAUGGUUGAUGGUUCUGUUACGGGGGACAAUAUAAUUGCGGAAGAAAGAGUUGCCAAUGAGAAAGUGGAUGUGUGGGUUGUUGGGGAUUCCGGUGAAAUGAAGGGACGAGAAUAUGAGGGUUUUGAGGAGUCAAUUGUAACACAGGCGAAUUUGCAAGAACUGGCUGAAAAAUCAGCGCUUGAUGACGGUGGUUUAGUUGCCAAUGUAAUUGAAAAUUUUGAAGAGGCUAUUGAGGUUCCAGCUGAGGUUAGAGCUCAGGAGAAUGCGAUUACAAGUGAGGUUGGAACUCAGGGGGAUGUGGCAGAGUUGGUGGUUGAGCAGAAAGAGAAGGAAGUGUUGAGCGGGGAGAGUGUUGUUGGCGGUGUGGCGUUGGAUAAGAUUGACGAUGGAGGGACUGAAAUGGGAGGAAAGGCUGAUGAAUUGAAUGGUGGCCUGGAAGUACCUGAAAUCAGAGGUACUGGAGAAACAGCUGUUCUGAGGGAUGAUGAAAAGGGAAAUCUGAAGUCUGAUACUGUAACUGAGAUGCCUGUAAAAGGUGAUACCGAUAAGGCACAUGUGAUUCCAAGUGAGGUUGGAACUCAGGGGGAUGUGGCAGAGUUGGUGGUUGAGCAGCAAGAGAAGGAACUGUUGAGUGGGGAGAGUGUUGGUGGCAGUGUGGUGAUGGAUAAGAUUGACGAUGGAGGGACUGAAAUGGGAGCAAAGUCUGAUGAAUUGAAUGGUGGCCUGGAAGUACCUGAAAUCAGAGGUACCGGAGAAACAGCUGUUCUGAGGGAUGAGGAAAAAGGAAAUCUGAAGUCUGAUACUGUAACUGAGAUGCCUGUAAAAGGUGAUACCGAUAAGGCACACGUAGAGGGAACAUUGGCUGAUGAAAAGUUGGACACUUUGGAAAGUGAUGGGGUGGAGGAAGAUGUAAAAUCAGAAUCUAAUUUGGAGGUUUUGAAUCAAGAGGAUAAGGGUGAGGAGUCAAGAGAGGAUGUAAUGGCUUCUAAUUAUCAAGACAAAAAUGUGCUGGAAUCUGCUGAUACUUCAGCUGGCAUGAGUUUCAAGCUUGAGGAUGACAAAGUCAUUGAAACUGUGAAUGACAAGUCAGCUAAUGCUGAUAUGGGAGAUAAGGGAACAAAGAGUAGGGAAGUAAAAAGUGGAGAUGAAAAUGAAAAGGCAGGUGACACUUUUGCUGCUGAGGAGGUGGAGGAUAACAUGAUUGGUGAAGCAAAAGAUUCAUCAGUUGCAAGGGACAAAAAGCAUAAUGGUAAGAUUGAUGAACUGGAAAAUUCGCUGUCUGGGCUAGGUAAAUCUGUCGAAGGGACAAUUGAUUCUGCAUCUGGAAACUUAUCUUCUACGGAGAAGUCCACAGGUGAGAGGAAUGAACAGAUUCAGGCUGUUAAAACCGAUAUGCGAACAGAGCUUCAUGAUGGUUUUCAAUCUCGGCUUCCUGAUGAAGUGGAUCAAGAUAUUCACUUUUUGACUGAAAAAUCUGAAAAGAAAGCAGAGAAAGAUCAUCAAGAUAAGCAAAGCUAUACAGUGACUCUAGAGAAGGAAGUGCAAGAUGCUCCAGGAUCUUCUUUGUCUGCAAAAACCGAGGAGUUUGGGAAGAAAGCAGACAGAGAUCAGGAGCCUAAGCCAAACACCUUUGUGACUAGAGAAUGCGAAAUUCUACCAGCUCCAGCAUCGUCAACACCUGUUAUAUGUACAAAUCCUGGUACCUCUUCUCAUCCUGCUGGCCUUGGACGUGCUGUUCCGCUAUUGGAGCCUGCACCCAGGAUGGCGCAGCAGCCUCGUGCAAAUGGAAGUGACUCUCGGGCACGUUCACAGCAAGUUGAAGAUCCUGGUAAUGUUGAGGCUGAGGAUAGUGAUGAGACACGGGAAAAGCUUCAGUUGAUUAGGGUUAAGUUUUUGCGUCUUGCAAAUCGGCUUGGGCAGACUCCCCAUAAUGUUGUUGUGGCACAGGUUCUGUACAGACUUGGAUUAGCUGAGCAGCUCCGGGGGAGAAAUGGGGGCCGUGUCGGUGCCUUUAGCUUUGACCGUGCAAGUUCUAUGGCAGAACAGCUUGAGGCAGCUGGAAAUGAACCCCUUGAUUUCUCCUGUACAAUUAUGGUACUUGGGAAGACGGGAGUUGGUAAAAGUGCUACCAUCAAUUCAAUAUUUGAUGAAGUCAAGUUUGGUACUGAUGCUUUCCAGACAGGUACAAAGAAGGUUCAGGAUGUUGUGGGUACAGUCCAUGGUAUUAAGGUCCGUGUAAUUGAUACACCAGGCCUUCUUCCUUCCUGGUCUGACCAAUGCCAGAAUGAGAAGAUCCUUCGUUCUGUUAGAAGUUUCAUCAAGAAAACACCUCCAGAUAUUGUGUUGUACCUUGAUAGGUUGGACAUGCAAACCAGGGAUUUUGGUGAUAUGCCCCUCUUGCGUACCAUCACUGAGAUCUUUGGUCCAUCUAUAUGGUUUAAUGCAAUUGUGGUUUUGACUCACGCAGCUUCUGCUCCACCUGAUGGUCCAAAUGGUACUGCUUCUAGUUAUGACAUGUUUGUCACUCAACGUUCUCAUGUUGUCCAGCAGGCUAUUCGUCAGGCAGCUGGGGAUAUGCGGCUCAUGAAUCCUGUUUCGUUAGUGGAGAAUCACUCUGCAUGUAGAACAAAUAGGGCAGGCCAGAGAGUAUUGCCUAAUGGUCAGGUCUGGAAGCCUCACUUGUUGUUGCUUUCUUUCGCAUCCAAAAUUCUGGCUGAAGCAAAUUCACUUUUGAAGUUGCAAGAUACUCCCCCAAGAAAGCCUUUUGCUACUCGAACAAGAGCACCUCCUUUACCUUUCCUUCUUUCAUCACUUCUUCAAUCAAGACCACAAGUUAAGCUGCCUGAAGAGCAGUAUGGCGAAGAUGAUGGAUUGGAUGAUGAUUUGGAUGAAUACUCAGACUCCGAGGAAGAACCGGAAUAUGAUGAGUUGCCACCGUUCAAGAGGUUGACUAAAGGACAAAUAGCAAAGCUUAGUAAAGCUCAGAAGAAGGCAUAUUUUGAUGAGUUGGAAUAUAGGGAAAAACUUUUUAUGAAAAAGCAACUGAAGGAAGAGAAAAAGCGGCGAAAGAUGAUGAAGAAAAUGGCUGCUGCAGCUAAGGAUCUGCCAAGUGAGUAUGGUGAAAACGCAGAAGAAGAAAAUAGCGGUGCUUCUUCUGUUCCGGUUCCCAUGCCAGAUUUGGCGUUGCCUGCUUCUUUUGAUUCUGAUAAUCCUACUCAUCGCUAUCGUUCCCUUGAUUCCUCCAACCAUGGCUUUGAGGCUGUUCUAGAUACUCAUGGUUGGGAUCAUGAUGUGGGUUACGAAGGUAUUAAUGUGGAAAGACUGUUUGUUGCUAAAGAUAAAUUUCCUAUUUCAUUUUCUGGCCAGAUUACCAAGGACAAAAGGGAUGCCAAUGUCCAAAUGGAAUUGACCAGUUCUUUAAAGCAUCGGGAAGGUAAAGCAACUUCAGUGGGUUUUGAUAUGCAGACUGUUGGAAAGGACUUGGCCUAUACACUGCGCAGUGAUACCAGGUUUAGUAAUCUCAAGAAGAACAAGGCUACAGCAGGAAUCUCGGUUACACUCUUGGGUGAUGCAUUGUCGGCUGGAGUGAAAGUUGAAGACAAAUUGAUUGCUAAUAAGCAGUUCCAGGUAGUCAUGACUGGGGGUGCUAUGACUGGUCGUGGUGAUCUUGCUUAUGGGGGCAGCUUGGAAGCCCAAUUGAGGGAUAAAGAUUACCCUCUGGGUCGCUCCUUGUCUACUCUUGGUUUAUCUAUAAUGGAUUGGCAUGGAGAUCUUGCCAUCGGAUGCAAUAUACAGUCACAAGUGCCCAUCGGACGGUCUACAAACCUAAUAGCUCGUGCCAAUCUGAAUAACAAAGGUGCAGGACAAGUCAGUUUGCGACUAAAUAGCUCGGAGCAGCUACAGCUUGCUUUGAUUGCUCUCCUUCCAUUACUGAAAAAGCUAUUUGAUUUUACCCAUCAAAUGCAAUAUGGACAAUACUGAGAAUUAGGAUGCAGUGGAUACGACAUUUUUAAAAUGGUCUCUGUGGGUCCUUGAAGACUAAGUGAAACUCUGAAAGUAAGGCGCUGAAAAUUUUCCAUCGUUUUUCUUUAAUCUUUGCUCUGAUUAUAUAGUGAUUGUAGUUUCUUUGUUUUGGAUAUUUUGCAUAAUAAGGUUAUUUUUUGUUCCCA